GAUUUUAAACCUUUAUACAAAAACUUCCUAGGUAAGGAAACUUAAUCGGAUCUGGCAGCUGACCUUAGUGAUGGACCCAGAAGCAACUGCUGUUUAUUUGGAUUAUUUCUAUGCUACAAGCCAAAAUCCUGAUAUUGAGGAGACCCACUCCCGUGUUGCUUACACAUCUGUCUUCCUUCCCAUCUUCUACGCAGUUGUGUUCCUGACGGGAGUGUUGGGGAACCUAGUCCUCAUGAGUGCAUUGCAUUUCAAACGGGGCAGCCGAAGACUGAUCGACAUCUUCAUCAUCAACCUGGCUGUGUCUGACUUCAUUUUCCUUGUCACGUUGCCUCUCUGGGUGGAUAAAGAAGCAUCUUUAGGACUGUGGAGGACAGGCUCUUUCCUGUGCAAAGGCAGCUCCUACAUGAUCUCAGUCAACAUGCACUGCAAUGUCUUCUUGCUCACCUGCAUGAGUGUUGACCGCUACCUGGCCAUCAUGCGCCCAACCGUAUCCAGGAAAUUCAGGAGGAGAGACUGUGCAUAUGGAGUCUGUGCCAGUGUCUGGUUUAUCUCCUGCCUUUUGGGUUUGCCUACUCUUCUGUCCAGGGAGCUCACCCUGAUUGAUGAUAAGCCAUACUGUGCAGAGAGGAGCGCUACUCCAAUCAAACUGACUUGGGCCCUGGUGGCCUUAAUUUUUACCUUCUUUGUCCCUUUGGUGAGCAUUGUGACAUGCUAUUGUUGCAUCACAAGGAAGCUGUAUGCCCAUUACCAACAGUCGGGAAAACAUAACAAAAAGCUGAGGAAAUCCAUAAAGAUCAUCUUUAUUGUCGUGGCAGCCUUUGUCUUCUCCUGGCUGCCCUUCAAUACUUUCAAGCUCCUGGCCAUUGUCUCUGGGUUGCAGCAGGAAGUCUACUUUUCCUCAUCUUUUAUCCAGCUAGGCAUGGAGUCACAGAUUUCUUGUAAUAUUCCUAUGGCAAGAAGAAAAGAUAAAUCCAGUGCCAAAGCUCCCACUAUAGACUGUGUGCCUAUGGGCUCUGCCACCCAAACUGGUAUGAGACACUGUAAGUAUCACCGUCUUUCCUAUUCGGUGCUGUUUGUUAGGCCAAGAAGCUGCACUCACUGGUCUAUGUGCAGAGAGAGCAAUUUGAAUACACACUAUUCCUGCAUUCCAGGAAACUUGUUUACACUUUUCAGAAAGCACAUUUGUAUAAAUGACUUCCUAAUUUUAAUAAGGAUUUCCAAAAGGAGUUUAAAAAAAAAACAUAGUGGUUUCUCAAAUUAGUAACAUCAUAAACUGCCCCAAACAUUUGAAACUUGAUUUACAUUUACUUUACUUAAGAAAUAAUAUUUCCGUGCAGCAUUUUUCGGAGGGGCAGUUAAGAAUGUUCUGAAGUAAAAUGAUAAUAAGGUCAAUAACUGAAUGACCACAAUCAAGAAGAAAAGGAAACAUAGUUUUUAAGAAUAAGAAAGCAUAGUGUUCCAACAUUAAACCUGCUACUAAUUUUCUAAAUAUAUAUUUUUUUGAGCGUAAUUACCUCAGCUUGCUUUAUUUAGGAAGGAUAUUAAAAUGUUAACAAUAGUUGUUGUAGGUAGUAGAACCAAGGACAGAUUCAUUUUUAAUUUUAAAUAUUUUUAUGAAUGUUAUCCAUUUUUUAUAAUGAAUAUGUAUUUCUUAAAGUUUAUAAUAAGGGAUGCUAAAAGAAAUGUCAUAUGUGGCAUAAAGCAUAUAUUAAUAUUUCAGCACAAUUUUACCUCUUCCUCUAAAGUCAAAAUAGGAUUUUUUUAAAUGUCAUGCUCAGUUUUAAGUUUAAUAUCCGUAACUUUGAGAUGAUUUAACUUUAGACAAAGCCUCAAUAAAUUAAAAUUCAACCAAAUCAUAUUUGUUCUCAUAUCAAAUGCAGCAAGUCAUUAUGUGGUUCAAAGCUUCUAAUUUACUUUUACUAAAUUGGCUUGUCCGUUAAGUCAAAGGUCAGGCCAGGUUGUGUGUAUAGAUGCAGUUCUUUAUCUUAUUUUAAAAUAUUUCAACUUUUCAAUCAAGUGCAAAUUAGAAUUGGUUGGAUAAUAGUUGACUGUGAGUUAUACCAUUUAUUCCAAAUGCUCUAUUGAAAAGUAUUUGCAAAUAACAUAUUUCUUGAAAAGUGCAAAUGCCUCCAAAUGAAAGAUUUCUAAAAUAAAAGGAAUGAUUUUUUAAUUUGAGCAAUCAUAUGAGGAAGAAUGUUGGUUUUUAACGUCUUUCUCUGUCAUGUGGAUUUAUCUACAAACUUUUCUAGCGUUGAGGCUGUGUAAACAUUGUUUGCUAAGUUCUCAAGGAAGCCGAACCACCAGCCUGACAUCAAUUUUCCAUUGUAACAGUACAGUUCUGUUACCAAGAAAAAUGCACAGGGCAGAUGAAUUGUAACAGGUAUCUACGGUUCUCAUUGCAACGAUUUUUAAAAAUGGAGCUUAAGAAUGAGACCCAUGUUUAUGGAGUAUUCAUUUAGUACCAAGGAGCUGUUAAAUGGUUCACAUAUGUUAUCACACUUAAUUUAAUCCAUAAACCAACCUGUGAAAAAAAACUGAUGCAGUCCUCCUUCCUUUUCUCUCUUUUUCCACCGUGGUCAGAUCUUCCUUUCAGUCUGAAGCUUUCUCCCCAGCUUCUCUAGCUGCUUCUCUCAAUAAAUCUUUCCUACUCCUGUCUUGAGGUCUGUUUCUCUGCAAACUUGAACACAUAAAGAGAAAAAAAAAUUUUUUUCUGACAGAAUAUAAAUUUUCUAGAGUUAAAGAACCCUUUGGAAAAUGCUUUCUCCCAGACAUGUCAAAGAUGGAGCAUGCUAUGCUUUGGAGUAACAAGUGUUCUGUGUGUUUUCAUACUGCUGAAGUCAUAUAUUUAGCCGAGAAUUCUAAAAAUGUGCCUCUGAGAAGUAUCUUGAUUAGCUGUCUUAAGAAAAGCCCUUGAUGGGGGUGCCUGGAUGGCUCAGUUGGUUAAGCGUCUGAUUUCAGCUCAAGUCAUGAUCUCACAGUCUAUGAUUUCACAGUCCAUGAGUUCAA